UCAUCCAGUUGACAGACUUUUUUAAGAUGUUGGACGAUAUUCCUCAUCCACUUGUUUGUGUCGUUUGUGAUUUGAUAAAGAUACGAGUCAAGUUCGAAUCGUGUUUUAAAAGCAUAUGGGAUAGGAGAUAUGACAACGAAUGAGCAUUUUGGUUUCGGCAAAGAUUCAAAUACGGAAUCGUAACUUCCGUUAUUACAUGAAUUCGUAUCAACAAGUAAUAGAUCCCGGCUUUCGAUCGCCUACUGUGUACGAUCAGAAAUAUGUGGAUUUCGUGGAUAACGUACUGAAGGAAGUAGCCGAUGAUUUUGAGAGAGAGAAACAAUUCUCUGAUCAAAAUCUAUUGAAACUACACAAGCUGUUUGAUGGAGUGUUUGAAAGAGCCUUAGAUUUAUACGAGCAACAACGAGUGACACAAAUUUCUACAUCUAAUGCGAUUAUAACAGAGCCGUGCAAAAGUGCUAACGAGGCCAGCUGGUUAUUACAAGUCAGAGGGCAUUCUGGAGCAUUGUACACACUUUUUCCAGAAAUAAAUUAUUGUACUUGCGCUGCUUUCAGACAUCAGGUUCUAACAGAUCGGUCUGCUUUUACAUGUAAACAUGUUUUGGCAGCUUGGCUAGCCAGUGUUGACAAUGAGAAGUUGUUACAUCAGCAACUAAUCCAAAAGCAGUUUGAUAAUUUAUUGUUAUAUCAGACUACAUCUACUUGCCUCGGUAGUGAAAAUGGAUUGAAAAUCACAAUUGAGCAUGACAAAUGUCUGCAGGCCAGUGUAUAUUUCCCAUCUACAGUUUUUGAUGAAUUUAAAUUGAAAGAAGAUGGUACAGGCUAUCCUCUAAGUAUUAUCAUUGAAGAAGAUGGGAUCAUAACAGACUGCUCGUUGAAAACUUUAGAAGUAGAGGAAUUGUUAGAUUUCCAUAUUGAGACAGAAGACAUUGUAAAUAAAGUAGUGUUGCAAACAGAAUUAUUGGCGGCUGUCACCAUGGCUGAAUUAGAUCCAACUUGUCGAAUAGUCGAGUUACGUUUCUCGCCGGAAAAACCCUUCUUCAGAAUUGGUUUGGCAGGUAUGGGCAGCAUUUGCCACAUCGACUUGCCACAUGAUAACGAUUUAAUAAACACAUUUCAAUGUACAAAAACGGUUACAUCUCUUUUUAUGUUAGGGCAUUUUAAACCCGCAAUAAACGCGUUAUCAUGUGCGAGCAAAGUUUCCCUAAGAACUAAUAACAGCGGUCUAUUGUGUUUUCAAUAUAUGGUUAAAACCGAAGAUGGAAACACAUGUUACAUGGAAUUUUACAUUUCUUCAAUAAAGGACUGGGAUUCGGAAUACUAAACAGUGAUAUAAAUGUAUCAAGUCAG